UUGCCUUCUUCCUUCCCACACCACAUUUUCUUAUUCGAUUAUACAUUGAAUCUUUCAAAUCAGUGUUCCCCUGGAAAUAAAUCCCUCUGAAAAUGGCUGGUUUAGGGUCUCAGAGGAUUCUAAUGAGUUUAAUGCUACUAUGUAUGGCGGCAUUCUCCACAGUGGAUGCCGCAGCUUGGCCUCUGGCUCAGUGGAGAAAGCUCUCCGCUCUGGUAGAAGAAGAACCUCUUGUUCUGCAAUACCACAAUGGCCCUCUGCUUACCACAACACCCAUUCUCAAUCUUCAUCUCAUUUGGUACGGCAAUUUCACUUCCACGGAGCGUACCAUUGUGGCCGAUUUUGUGGAGUCAUUGGGAAUGGGAGACGGCAAGCAGGGCUCUCCCUCUGUGUCCGCCUGGUGGAGAACAACAGAGGCCUACAAAGGCAAAGCCCCUUCCAAAUUAAACCAAGCCCAAACACUAAAUACAAGGUUGGGGAAGCAGAAGCUGAACGGAGCUUAUUCUCUCGGAAAGUCCCUGAAAAGAAGUGACAUUGCUGUCCUGGUGAAGAGUGCUAUCCAGUCCAGAGCUCUGCCUCCGCCCCAGAAGAAGAAAAACAAUGGUGAGGUGGAGUUGUAUUUGGUGCUGACAUCUGAAGAUGUUAUGGUGGAGAAUUUCUGCAGCAGCUCUUGCGGAUUCCAUGACAGCAGCAAAGAAGGCAAUAAAUACGCAUAUGCGUGGGUGGGAAACUCAGCAAGGCAGUGCCCAGGGCAGUGCGCGUGGCCAUUUCAUCAGCCUCUUUACGGUCCACAGAGCCCUCCUCUGCUGCCUCCCAACGGGGACGUGGGCAUCGAUGGCAUGAUCAUCAACAUUGCAGCGACAGUUGCCGGAGCGGUUACAAAUCCAUUCAAGUCAGGUUACUUUCAAGGAGACGCCGCUGCUCCAUUGGAGGCGGUAUCAGCGUGUCCGGGAAUGUAUGGAAAGGGGGCUUAUCCUGGUUACCCCGGGCAAGUGUUGGUGGACGAGACGACAGGUGCCAGUUACAAUGCUCAUGGAGUUAACGGCCGCACGUUCCUUCUGCCAGCAAUGUGGGAUCCCACCUCGCGCUCCUGCAAAACCUUGGUCUGAGUCUGAAUCACCUAAACAAAAUUUAAAUAGUUCCUGGAUACCAUUCUUUUAACAGACUGGAGUGCUCAGACCUCCAGCUGUUUAUAAUUCUUUAUUCAUUUAAUCUUUUGAAUUUAUACAUUAUUCUUUAAACUAGUUUUAUUCUGUUGAGAUCACAAAUUAUUUUGAUAAUAUUUAAUAGAAAUUAUGUGAAAAAUUAAUUAUCUGCA